AUCUGCCUCAAAUCAGUCAUGCAGCUGAGUCCAGGGCUGCUACUGGUCUAUUCAGAGCCUUUGCUGGAGCUUCAAAAGAAAAAAUGAACAGGCGGAAUUGUUGGAUUUGUAAGGUGUGCCGAGAUGAAUUGAAGAGACCCCCUUCAAACCUUACUUUGGAGGAAGUGUUAGAGUGGGCCCAGUCUUUUGAAAAGCUGAUGGCUACAAAAUAUGGCCCAGCAGUCUAUACAGCAUACUUAAAAAUGGAGCACAGUGAUGAGAAUAUUAAAUUCUGGACGGCAUGUGAAACCUAUAAGAAAAUUGCCUCACGGCGGAGCCGAGUUUCUAGGGCAAAGAAGCUAUAUGAGAUUUACAUCCAGCCAGAGUCCCCUAGAGAGAUUAACAUUGACAGCUCAACAAGAGAAACUAUCACCAGAAAUAUUCAAGCACCCACGCAGUCGUGUUUUGAAGAGGCUCAAAAAAUCGUGUAUAUGCACAUGGAAAGGGACUCUUACCCCCGGUUUUUAAAGUCAGAAAUGUAUCAGAAACUUCUGAAGGCUGUUCAGUCCACCAACAAUUCCUGACACGACCACUCAAACGUUGAAACUGAAGGUGGCAUAUUGAAAGACUGGCUUUGUUCUUUUAAUUAAAAAAAAAUCAGAGAUAAAGAAUGAAAGAGAAGAACAUAACUACAAAUUGAUUUCUAGUUACCAAAGAGAAACAGAUCCCAAAAGGGAUGGACUCUAGACUCUUAUCACAUGAAUAACCCAACUUACAGCAUGCCUGUGUAGCUUAGUUAAUACAUAAGAAAAAAAGGUCUCUUCAUGACACCAAUAUUGUAACAUUUUACUGUAGUCAUCCUGUAAUGCAUGUUUUCUUAUUAAUGAAAGCUUGCUGUCAUAAUGCACAGAUUAGUCCUUUAAAAAUGGUAGCUAUAUGAGUUGUGUCUCUAGCAUGAAUGUAUUCUAAAGCACUCUUAAUAAUGCUAAUUAGUAAACAAACUUGGUACCCACAGUACAAUCAACUGUGUUAUAUCGUGAGCAAUAUUAAAAUGAUGUGUUCUUGAGAGAUAUUUUAUCUGUAAAAUUUUCCUACUAUGUUCAUAACCAAAAUUUUAUAUUGCUUAUAUCUUCUACAGAUGAAAAAUGAUUCUCAGCUAUGAAAAAAUACAUGAAUUUCUUCAUUUAUUUCUAUACUUUCAUUGCUAUAAAGGUAGAAAAUUUGGUUCCUAUACUUUGAGUUGUUGUUUUUUUCCCCUCCUCACAAUGUGAAUUCAUCAUGGUCCUGCUAAUCAAUAAAUCCAAAUAUAAAAUUAAAAACUUAUAAUUAUGUGGUUUUUCAAGGACACA